AAUGAAGUCCCCACUGCAAUGAAUAGUUUUUUGCCCUUGCUUGAUACCGUGUUUAUCGCCAUUUCUUCGACUAAAGAUACGAUCUAGAAAGAACAUUUUUGCCAGUGGACCACAAGCAGUGUAACAAAGUGCAAAAUGUCUGUUCCAAAUGACCAAGAAAAUUACUCAAAAGCCGUCGAAAAAAAUCCCAAAUCGGGAAACCGUGCCGCCCUCUCCAACCUCGAAAACAUCCUCCCUCAGAACGCAUUUAACAUCCGCAUUAAGAAAACAAUUAAGACAACUGCAACCGAAACGAAAAUUCGCUCAGCUUCGGCCAGUGAAGCCACCACCCAGGUGAAGUUCGCCUACAAGAAAGAAAACAUCACCGAGAGAAAAAACGGGGAGUUUAACAUCGACGAAGUCUUCGUCGAGGGGGAGUACCACUACCUCACUUACCUCAAGCCUGAGGAAAAUAGGCCAAAGACAAAGUCUGAAGAUUUGGGCGAGAAAAUUGAUCGAACUUUACCGAUGGUGAGAGUUACGGCACCGACUUGUGAGAGGAAGCUCGAGGUGAAGAAACCAGCCAAGAAGCAGACGCUCAGGAAAUUCAGCAACAGGCGCAAACAGGCCAAUUUGGAAGAACUGUUUCGGAACUGUUUGUACGAGGAGGACUAUUUUGAUGUGAACUUCCGGCAUAUGCUUUUAGAAGAGGGCAACUACGUCUACCGCAAACAAUUUUUGAAAAAAUCCAUCGACGAGAAUUACAGAAUGCUCGUCGUCAAUUGGCUGGUCUACGCCCAUCAAGUGUUGGAAUUGUCCGAAAACACGUUCUUCGUUGCUGUCCGAAUGUUCGAUUAUGUUGUAGCAUCUCAGAAAACGGCUGGAAAUAAAUACAUUUUAACCGCUAUCACGAGCACUUGGAUCGCUAACAAAAUGUUCGAUGUUCGUCAAAUACAUAUCUCCAAACUGUUCGCCUUGUGCAACGGCAAGUUUUCCAAUCAGCAGUUUCUAUCAACGGAGCGGGAAAUCUUGAAAGUGUUCAAAUUCGAUAUUAACAUCUCUGAACCCAGUUCGUUUCUGUUUUAUUUCGUCAAGUUGGAGAAUUUAGAGCUGGACUCAAAAAUUUGCUACAGUGCGUUGUUUCUCCUCGAAAUUUUUGCUUUACUUUUGGACUUUUCCUCUCUGCCGACGUCGUUUCUCGCUGCUGUGGCCUUGUAUCUAGUUUUGGUAAAAUACGAGCUUGACACCAAAUUGCAUCUGGAAGUGGCGGAAACAUACUGUCUUGACAAAGAAUCGUUUGUACGGAAGUCCGAGCAACUUGCACUUUGUGUUGAGCAUUUGUUGAAGGAAAAGAAUGCGAGCAGCGAAAUUGUGGCCAAAUAUUCGACCGAAAUGAGGGGUCAAGUCGCUCGUAAUUUUGUGUCUUAAUAAUUGUUUGUUUUAAUUUUAGACCGUGCUUAAUUAUUGUGAUGUUUUACCCAAUGAAUUUUACAUAAAAUGCUGGAUCAGUU